AUGUCCUCCACUACUGAGACACAGCCGUCUCCUGCUCGACCCAAGUUCUUUGGGGAUUGUUGGAGCUGCCGUAUCCUCUCUGGCAGCGGCCUGAUAGCAGCUGGGGGCUACGUGUAUCUUGCAGCCAGGAAGACGUUGAGAAUGAGUUCCCCUACAAGCAUGGGGACUGUGGCACAGAUCAUGUUCGCACUGUGUAAGGCCUGGGAGUCUGCUAGAGGGCAGAGAGGAUUAACAGAUCAGGGAUCACCAACAUGUUCUGACUGCUAUGGAUAAUACUGAAUACAACCCAAAGUUUUCCAUUGGAGCAUUGCACCAGUUUCACUAUUUGUCCUGCAUUUAAAAUUGACUGACCUUUUCUCACUUAAGUGAAUAAGGCUGGUAGUGUCACUGUAUUAAUUCAUUAUAUUGUAGCAUUGAAUUUAGAUACAUUGUAUGGUAGGGGGAGUCUAAUUGGGGAAAUAACUUGAUGAUGACAGGUUAAAGAGACACUCCACUGCCAAAAUCACUCUUUAGUAGAUAUACCCCCUAUAAGAAAAAUACAUGGUUUUUAUUGGGAAGUAUAGCUAAAACAGUUUUCAAAAGCUGCAGAUCUUCUGUUUGCUUCCUUUGAAAGCCCUUCCCUAGUCCAGAUUUUCUGUGGCUGUCCAAUCUUAAACUUUCAAUGAAAGGUCUUUGCAAGGCAGAUUCCCAGGGCAAUAGCCUGCCUCUUGAGUUUAGCUCCACUGAGAUAGACAACUAGGUAGUAACCAGAACAUUUGUCUGAUUGACAGCCAAGUCAGUGUAACAAGAUUAAUUUGUAAAAGGGGCAAUUUCUAUUGAAAUCUGCAUGUUUUAUAAAAUGAAAAGAGGAUGCACUCAUCACACACACAAAGCAUUUCAGGGGGCUGGAGUGUCCCUUUAAGGAAUACAGUGUAUGUGAUCAGAUUCGUUAACCAUAUGAAAUUCGCUAUUCUACAUAACAUUUACAGUAAGGUACACACAAUGUUGUAUAUAUUUUUCAGGUCUUUUUAAUUUUUAUCCAUUUCAAUGAAUGGGUGAGGUGGUCACUAAAAUGCACAGGGGGCUGAUGAUAUGUUUCCUGUCUCUUAGGUUUGGCUUCAUGGGGAACCAUCAUUAUUGUUGAUCCUGUUGGUAGAGCAAUACCAGUUGAAAAAGUCGAGAAGUGAAUUUCUUUGCUGAAAUCACACACCUUUUUGCUUCAUGUACAGAAUUCAAGUGGACAUUGAGUUGUAUAAAGAACAAAAGACUGACAUGAAGAGAUGUAAGAAAACUAAUAAGUGGACUAUGAUACCUGGAAAUAAUAAAGAUGAAAGACCUAAACGUAACAUGUUACCUGUUAAUGGAGAUCUGGGAACAGAACAUCAUAGUAUAGGUGUGAGCAAUUAA